UGCAUGUCAAUUGGAUAUAAAUUGACCGCACUAUGGUAAAAAGAAGAUGUUGACCUUUUCAUGACCUUGACCUUUGACCCGAUCGAUCCCAAAAUAUAAUCAAAUGGUCCCCGGAUAAUAACCAAUCAUCCCACCAAAUUUCAUACGAUUCGGUUUAAUACUUUUUGUGUUAUGCGAGUAACACGCAUACAAAUAAAUAAAUAAAUAAAUACACGGCGAUCAAAACAUUACCUUCCGCAUUUUCAAUGCGAAGGUAACAAAGUACAUAUAUACCUCAUAGCUGUACUUGAGUGCUUGACUAAAUGUAGCAGUUGUUAUAUUCCACCAACUAUAUUUUUCUCAGAUCCCAAAAUAGAAAAAAUACUACAUUUAUUUUCCUCCUCCUCAUACUAUCACUGUACUACAUGUAUGUACUUCAGUAAUAUCUUUAGUGGCAGCCAAAAACCUUUGUUUAACUUACAAAUUCAAUCUACGUGAUUGUUUGACAGAUUUUUCUAGUUUGUAUAGGCUGUGAUGAAAUCGUAUCUACAUCCUUUCAUAAAGCAACAUUAGCAAUACCGCACCUUCACAUAAUUACAUAUAGUUACACGUUAUCCUGAUUCCUCCAUUCAAAAUGGCUCCUUAGUGCAGUGGUUCUCAAAUGGGGGUACGUGAAGGCCCUCUGGGGGGUACGUGAGAUUUGUUUUUAAAUAUAUUUAAAAUGAACAUCCAUUAAAAAAGCCUUUAAAAAUAGUUAUUCAAUAAAUAUUCAAUGAUAUGUAAGUGGAAGUUCAUAAACUGAAUUGUAUAUAUUAUAUAUUAUAUAUGAUAGGCAAAAUGCUGCAUAUUACAUCUUUUUUUCAACCCAAAAUGCUUUGCACUGGUCAGGGGGUACUUGCCUGAAAAAAAUAUUUCACAGGGGGGUACAUCACUGAAAAAAGGUUGAGAGCCAUUGCCUUAGUGUAUUGCAGACCUAUGAAAUAAUAUAAGAUUGUAAAUAAUGCCUUAAUGUAUCAGGGUCAUUUUAUUGUUGCAGUUUGUUGACUACACUAUUGGAUAAUACAAUCUAUAACAAUGCAUAGUUUACAAGUUAGUCAUAUGUUUGAUUUACAAUAGUAGCCUACAUCUGUAUAGAAGGCUACAAUAUUUCCAUUUAAACUGAAGUGGAAUACAGCUAGAAAAUAGCAGGAAAUACAACUACCGUGUUUUGUUAUUCACUAUUUUGCAUUACUUUAAAUGUAUUGUAAUGGAAAUCGAGACCUCCAUGUACGGGUCUGUAUUACAGCGGCUCGGCUUAAACCGGCUCCCAAUGCAGAGGUGACCACAUGCUAUCAGAAAUGAUAACAGCUGGACGUUAAAAAGGCUAAACGCUGUUUUUAAUAGAGAAUAUAACGUGGCCUAAGUAGAGGGGAACUCGCGGCGACUGUCAUGUGAAGUGUCAGUCUGUAACAUGACUCAGAGCGUCACAGGCGGAAGGUCACGGAGCAGCGGAACGGAACGGAAGCGGGAGUAAAAAUCCUAUCCGCCAUUGUGGAAAAUGACACAAAGUCUCCGUUUCUAACAACGAGAAGAAGCAGAAGCAGAUCGCGGCCGGGUCCGAACCACGGGUGGAGAAAGAAGAAGAAGAAGAAGAAGAAGAAGCCCCGCUGCCGUGUAACCGUUAGAGAGGGAUUGGACGACCCGAGAGACGAGCCAGGAAAAGCACCGGAGUGCAGCGAGAGGCAGAGGGGGGUGGGGUGGGGGGGAAGCCGAGGACAGUCUCACAAACAGCUCUCAGUUUCGCUUCCUGGAGGAUGUCUGCGACCACAGUCGAUCAGAGACCUAAAGGACAAGGAAAUAAAGUGCAAAACGGAUCAAUGCAUCAAAAGGAUGGUGUUAAUGAGGAUGAUUUUGAGCCUUAUCUAAGCGGCCAGACUAAUCAGGGUAACAACUAUCCACCAAUGUCUGACCCCUACAUGCCCAGCUAUUAUGCUCCAUCCAUUGGUUUCCCUUACUCUCUGGGAGAGGCUGCUUGGUCCACAGCAGGAGACCCUCCCAUGCCCUACCUAACUGCUUAUGGACAGAUGAGCAAUGGCGAGCCCCACUUCAUCCCUGAAGGUGUGUUUAGCCAGCAAGGUGCCCUUGGGAACACCCCUCCCUUCCUGGGCCAGCAUGGCUUCAACUUCUUCCCUGGUAAUGCAGACUAUUCCACCUGGGGUACCAGUGUCUCUCAGGGUCAAUCCACACAGAGCUCAGUCUACAGUAACAGCUAUGGGUAUGCCCCCAGCUCUCUAGGUCGGGCCAUCACGGAUGGACAGGCAGGCUUUGGAAGCGACACCCAGCUGAGUAAAGUCCCGGUGCUGAGCAGCAUUGAGCAAGGUAUGACAGGCUUAAAACUGGGUACGGACAUGGUGGCAGCUGUCACUAAAACCGUGGGCUCACCCCUAGGGGGCACAGCAGGUAUGAGCAGCAUGGCGGCCAACAGCCUCCCUCCCUCUGUCAGCUCAUCUGCACCUAAACCUGCCUCCUGGGCAGCCAUUGCCAAGAAGCCGGCCAAGCCACAGCCCAAGGUCAAACCCAAAGCCAACAUGGGGAUGGGGGGAGGUGCCAUUCCCCCACCCCCCAUAAAGCACAAUAUGAACAUUGGUACUUGGGAUGAGAAGGGCUCUCUGAACAAGCCUCCAUUAGUUCAGAAUAUGAUGCCCCCGCAGCCUAUGUUGCAGCAGCCUCUCCUAGCUCAGCCCCAGCCCUUACUGCAAAACCCGUUGCCUCCUCCGCAUCAGCCCCAACAUCAGCCCCAACAUCAACAUCAGCCCCAACAUCAACAUCAGCCCCAACACCAACAUCAGCCCCAACACCAACAUCAACAUCAGCCCCAACAUCAACAUCAGCCCCAACACCAACACCAGCCCUUCCAGCUUCAUUCCCUGCAGUCCCCCCAACACCCCCAGCCUAUGCCUGGCCAUCCACACAUGCACCUCUCCUCUCAACCUGGUCCCCCACCGCCCCUUCAUCAGCACCAACCCCAGCAGCCUGGUCCUCCCCCCAACCGUUGGGUGGCUCCCAGGAACCGGGGUGAGGGCUUCGGCAUGGGUGGGGGACUCCCACUUAGUGCCUCCCCUUGCUCUGGAGAAGUGCAUCCCGUGUUGGAGAAACUCCGUGUCCUCAACAACUACAACCCCAAAGACUUUGACUGGAACUUGAAAAAUGGACGCGUCUUCAUUAUCAAGAGCUAUUCUGAAGAUGACAUCCACCGCUCAAUCAAGUACUCUAUCUGGUGCAGUACAGAACAUGGCAACAAGCGUCUGGAUGGUGCCUACCGCUCACUGGGCAACAAGGGGCCCCUGUACCUGUUGUUCAGCGUCAACGGCAGUGGGCACUUCUGUGGUGUGGCGGAGAUGCGCUCACCAGUGGACUACAAUGCCUAUGCAGGCGUCUGGUCUCAGGAUAAGUGGAAGGGCAAGUUUGAGGUGAAGUGGGCGUUCAUCAAAGACGUGCCCAACAACCAGUUGCGACACAUCCGGCUGGAGAACAAUGACAACAAGCCAGUAACCAACUCCAGGGACACUCAGGAAGUGCCUCUGGAAAAGGCCAAACAAGUGCUUAAAAUUAUCGCCACUUACAAGCAUACCACCUCAAUCUUUGAUGACUUUGCACAUUAUGAGAAACGUCAGGAAGAGGAGGAGGCUCUGAGGAAGGAGCGCAAUAGAAAUAAACAGUAACCUUCAAGCAAGCUCUCUGCUAGAACUGCAACACUAAUGAUGUAGGACCUUAAAUACAAAUUUGCCUAACCACAAGGAGGAAAGGCUCUCACAAAUCUUUCCGCUGAAGACUACAAUGUAUCUGAACACUUCAACAUGACAAUAGAUGGACUCAUCUGUAUCCGUUGACUGGCGCAUCGAACCCCGUGUUACUGUCUCACGAGAAAAACGUAACCCACUUUUAAAAAAUCUGUCUUUUAAAGCACUUUCAGUCCUCCUAAACGGCCUCUACCAGUUCCUUUAACUCUCUAAUUCUGUGUUCUUCUUUGAUUUUGUUUGAGAGCAGCUAACUGACUAACUGAACUAGUCAGAAGAUUUCACCAGGCUUAUUUGUAGUUUUUUCUUCUUUUUUGUAUGCCUCUAAGGAGGAUAUUGAUGAGCUUCAUCGGCUCCUGAAAAUAAUUAAAUUUCUCUAUGAUUUCAUCUUUUACUUGAAUCUGUAUUCAACCGUCUGAUCACAGUCCUCAGACAGAGGUUAGGAUGAUUGACAGGUGGGAUGAAUUAAUUGCUAAAACAGCCACAAUCAUGCCCAUCAUAGGAUGUAUCCUCCCUAUCUACCUGUUCCCUUCCUUUCUGCAUCUGUUUCUGUGUACCAAAAGAUUACAAUUAUGCAGCGGGCCUAGCAACACCGGCCAAUGCACAUCUUUGUUUUUUUCUUCCUCUCUUGUGAUUCUGUCAUUCUGAAGUGCAUUUGUCUGAGGAGAAACCUGCUGCUCUGGUAGAACUAGCGCUGGCCUCCUUGGGUUCUGUGGGUGACUGUCUUUGCUCUGAUGUAGAUGUGCUGUAUCGUACCUCAGGCUUAAUCUGACUGUCUGUCAUUAACAACUCUUAGCAUCUUUGGGGGAAUCCUCACAUCAAACCCCCCCCCCCCCCCAACACACGCACACACAUACACACACACCCUGCUUGGAUUGAAUGGGAUUCCCCCAAAACGGCAAGACAUCAACUGCAAGGAUCUGCCAGUUUUCUCCUCUAGGUAACUCACUAGCUAAAUAAAAAUUAUCCAUGUUUAGCGCAAACCAUGCUUUUGUGUUUUUGUGUACUCAUUUGCCUCCAGAAAUGUGUGCAUUACUUCUAUGCUUCACACAGUAUCACACCCUCAAAUACACACUCUCAGUAGGUUGUCCCUCUCCUAUUUGCAUAGGUGCCUCUUAGUUAAGCCAUGUAUUCUUAGUAGCAGCAGCUCCAUGUCCACAUCUGCUUUAUAUUGCAGUAUAUUAGUGACAAUAAGUGUAAAAUGUGUUGGUGCCAGGGGGUUGGUUUUACCAUUUAUUAAAAAUACCAGAGGUGUACAAUAAAUUGAUUUGAAGAUGAUGCUUGCGAGGCAGACCUGCCAGCCUAAAGUGGGUUAGUUGACAACAUUGCAGCUGCGGGGAUUACAACCAAUACUGGAAUGUGUAACAAUGCAUGAAUGUGCAUGGACGGUACGGACGGUGGUGGAAUGUAACUAAGUACAUUUACUGUACUAAAGCACAAUUUUUAGGUACGUGCACUUUACUUGAGUGAUCCCUUUUUUUUACCACACUUCAUUUCUACACUUUUUAGAGGCAAAUGUUGUAAUUUUUACUGCAUCACAUUUAUAAUUUAUAAAAUAGUUACUUUUCACUUUCCAUUUUAACAUUUUUAAAAAACAUAUUAACCGUAUAAAACAAACAUUUAUUACAAAUCAAACCAGUUGUUUCCGGCCUUUUUGGCAGGAGACAUUUCCCCAUAACUAAAACUUCUCAGAUGGUUUCCUAAUAAUAAUAAAUAAUUAUCUAAUAGUUUACAAAACGCAAAGAUCAAAAACCUCUCCAUCUAAAGACCAUCUUGCGUUGGGGUCACAUCAGCCACAAUGCCAAAUUGGUCGAGAUGAGUAAAGUGAUGUGGAGGCAGUGGCUCCUUCCCCACAUCCUACCCCCUAUCUGGUUCCCUUGCUCUGAUUGAACCUUUUGAUCUCAACGACACGCCUGUAAAGUUUCGUGACUGCAUGAUUUAUUUUAAACUGUCCGAAACUUUUGUAUUAUUAUCUUGAAAUAAAAUGUAAUAGAUUAUGUGGAAUUUCCUGUUUACUGUUUUAAAACAUGUAUGUAUGACGUUAUUUAGUUACCAGGGCAGGUAAAGGCAGUACAGUAAUCAGACUUUGAGAUGUGUUAGACCUAUAAAAGAAGACAUAGUUAUAAAAUACUUAUUGCAAAAUUAUAUGAAUAAAGUUGUCAUUGAAAUUGA